CAGUGCAAGAUGGACACCGGUCUAGAUGUAACAACCGACUCCCGUCAGUCAGCAGAGGAUAGCAAAAAUGGAUCAGAACAGGUAUUCACUGGACAGCGGAAACAGAAUAAAGCUUUCGCCAAUCCUGUGAUCUUCGAAUUGGAGAACGAGUGGACCAAUUUCGAUAGGACCUCAAACAGAAGCUCUGACAGAACUCGGAACAGUGCGGAGAAUAAUGACGUUGUAUCGAACUCUGAUAUCUACCGAAAUGUGAUGGAAAAUGCUCUGAAUGUUGCGUUUUUGGCUGCUAACACAAAUCAGUUGCGAUUGUUGACGGAAUAUCAGCAAGAAGCGACUAGUUAUAUGUUUUGCGUUGGAAUGAUCAUUAUGUCACUGGUAAUGCAGAUCCUCGUCAGUGUUUCUAUGAUCACAAUAUCGAUCAAUAACGAACAACGUUGGAAGAAGCUAAAGACAGUUGCGUCGGUUGUGGUCGCCGUUAUUGCAGUGGUUAACAUCAUUGUGCUAACGUUGUUAAAUGCAGUGUUAUUCGAGUGAUUGUUACAGAU